AUGAGGUUACCCUUGAUCUUCUGCACCAUCUGUUUAUCGCUAUCACUUUCAAACGAGUUAUCAGACGAAUUGCCAGUAUGUAAUUGCUCCUCGACUACACCAGACUACUACUAUGAUCUUCACCCAGUACCAGACAUCAAAUGUCGACCAUGUUUCGAAGGAUCUCAAUGUGUACAAGAGCAAACUGGUGCCACGUGUCAAUGUGCACCAUUCCGUUUUGGUACCUACUGUCAGUAUGCAGAUUUGUGCCACAAUGGGCGAAGUCAAUGCGUUGGGGAUUGUAAAGAAAGUUUUCGCGGCCGAAAAUGCGUUUGUAAUGAGGAUAAGGGAGGUGAAUUCUGUGAAUUCCAGAAGCCGAAACAGGAGAUUCUACUGACAUUUGAAGUGACAGAGCCUCAAGGAGUUCAGAAUGUACAUGAUGGACUUGACGUGUUAACAAAAGCGGCUCAUUUGGGUGGGUUUGAAGUGCUGGAUGAUGGUAAAGCCAUUUAUAAAAGCAGUGGGAAUUUGUGCAUGAAGGAGAAGAUUGAUCAGAACAGGGAUAUUGAUGUAGAAGAUGAGGAUUUUGGUGAGUUUGGCUUUUUGGAUGAUUUUAGAAAGUUUUGAAAUGGUUUUUUGUUUUGUAAAGAAAGUUUUUGCCAUUUUUCGUUUUGUAAAGAAAGUUUUUGCCAAUUUUUGUUUUGUAAUGAAAGUUCUUGCCAUUCUUUGUUUUGUAAAGAAAGUUCUAGCAAUUUCUACUUUUUAAAAGCUAAUUUAUAUUUUAAGCAGCUUGCGAGUGACAUGUUAUACGAUGUAAUAUGUGUUAAGUUUUUUAGAAAAAAAUUUGUGGGCAUUACUUAUCAGGACAAAAUUAUAAACAUCGUAUUUUACAAAAAAUUUUUUAAAUUUUAAAAUUUCAGAACCAUACCAAAUCAUAAUCAAAGCGAGGUUAUUAAUGGCUUGUGGGCGGCUGGCUGAACAUCAUCAUACCGAAAUUUUCACUUGCUACACUUCAGCCUACGAUGCUGUGCAUACGUUGGGCAGCUUGAGGUUAUACGAGGUGAGUUGUUACUACGGAGUAAAGUAGAAGGGUUAGUAGUGAGAAACGUAACCCAAGAUUGAGGCCCGGCUUGUUUUCACUUUUAACUCAAGGCCGGCCCGGCCCGGUUUUAUCGUAGGGCCCGGGCCGGGCCAGGUAAGGUAAUGUAGAGCUCAGAGGAAGUAGGGUAAGAAAGUAGGGUAGGAUAGGGUAGGGUAGGGUAAGGUGGGGUAGAGUAGGGUAGCCCUGUGGAAUUUUCGACCCAUGCUUUAAAAUCAAAAGUGCCCACCAAGCCCUCUUCAUAGGGGGUGUGGAAUUACAAUUUUAAAAAUUUUUAAAAAUUUUAAAUUUCAGCAAACCAAGCGCUUUGGCCUCAACUUUAUUCACGUUGAAGUGGACCACAGCAUUCUGGAAUGUCAACAUAUCAUUGCUUUAAUCAUCAGCAUUCUGGCUAUUUUGACAAUCGUAACGACGGCUUAUUGCCUAUAUCAACGAAUCUCAUAUCGAAGGCGCUUUCGGGGGUCUGGUGCACAUGGUACCGGCUCGGGUGAUACCAUGAACAAAUUGAUCGAGCCAAAUGGCUAUUUUUAA